UCAAGUACUUUGAUGUGUGCAAUCCCAGGAGAGCUGAGAAGAUCAUUACCACACUAUCGCCCGUAUGGAGGGCAAGAUAUACACCCAUCGGCAAUGGUUUGGUCAGCAUUGUCGUGCCGCAUUUGGGUCGCAGCGAGAACAGCCUGCUACUUUGGAGCGACACACCGAUGUCAUUCUGGACUUUGCCUGGCGACCCAAUCGCGAGGACUCCACAGAAAUUGAAUUGGUGACAUGGUCGCGUGAUCGAACGUUGCGCGUCUGGAAAAUCGAUGAUACAAUGCUGAAGCUAUGCGAGCCCUCGCCCGAUGAGGAUGAGGAGGGCGAUUCGUCACGCUACGAGCCGGAGUUAAGUGAAUUGCGUGCACUAACGCCGCCAGAGUUUAUGCAUACGCUGCAGCCGCGUCCGAUGACGGCUGCAUCACUGCCCAUUGCGGCGACACUGGAGCCGGGCUUGGGUGCCAAUGCUCUGCCCAUGGCACGCUCGCCCAGCUUUGGCGGCGUCUAUGCGCGACGCGAGGAGACGCACAUUGCACGCUCUCUAACCGAUCAGCCGACGUGUUCGCUGCAGCACGAAUUCUCGCUGCUGAACACAAAUAUGCCCCACGUGGAUGUGGAUAUGCUGUGUAGCCUUAGAUGAGUUUGAUGCUUACACCAUAGUUCUAAGCUAAGCAUACAAAUAUUUCUAUGAAAUAAUACCGCAAACAAUUAGUGCAGACUUUGUAUAAAGUUAAA